CAGAGUGAUACCUCUUUCAUUCUCUCGUCUCUUUGAUGUCCACGUCCCCGUGGUGUCCGAGUCCUGCCGGCUGCGAAGUGUUACGCGCCCCUGCUUUAGAAAAAACAGAGAAGGAAAACUUCAUAGAAAUGGCGGAGGGUGCAACGACUCUCAAAGGCUUGCGAGCCCAAAUGGCUGCAGCUGCACAGGCACAAGCCGAGGAGCGGCGCAGCCUGUCAGGGAACAGUCCAGGACCUACAACCAACGCACCAGCUAAACCUCAGGGGUGUAAGCCAGUCAUUGACGGCGCCGCACUUAGAAUAGACGACCGACUGCGAGUAGCAAAAGAGAGGCGAGAGGAGGCAGAGAGACAACAGGCUUUGCGUGAGUCACAGAUCAUGGAGCGGGAGCGCAAGUCCAAGAUGCAAGUGGAGCGUCAGAUGGAGGAACGUCAGAAAAAGGUUGAGGAACAGCGAAGGAAGGAGGAGCAGAAGCGAUUGGCUGUGGAGGAGAAGAGGAAGCAGAAACAGGAAGAGGAAAAGGAGCACUAUGAGGCAGUGAUGCGGCGAACACUGGAGCGUAGCCAGCGAGUGGAGCAGAGACAGAAGAGAUGGUCCUGGGGAGGAUUGUCCACAGACUCAGAUGGACGAACAGGAGAAUCUGAUGCCAGCACCUCAUCUCCAGUAACUAUAGUUAUCUCCUCUGCCUCACCAGAAAAGCCACCAAGGAGUCAACAAGUGGACAAGCGUUCCACAUCCACCAUGAACCUGAAACAGCCGUCCGAGGCUGGCAUCAGUAAACGCCUAUCCUCUUCCUCUGCCACCCUCAUCAAAUCUCCUGACAAAAGUGUUAAGCCAAGGAGUUCGUCUUGUAACCGGUUGCCUAGAAAUGGCAAUGCUGCUCAGGCCACUAAGGAAGACGGCAAAAAGCUUCAGGUGGAACAGACAGGCCGUUCCGUGAAGAAGAGAAGUUCCUCCCUCACACGAGUAAGUGUGGGCAGAGCACAGACGCCUGCCAAGCCUGAUAAGGGGACAACGGAUGAUCAAGCUCGCAGGCCACCGGCCAGCACUGUGGACGGAGGGGUCCUUAGUCGCCUGCUCACUCCCACCCAGGCCUCACUAGCUAGGAGCAAGAGCGCCGCCGCCCUUUCUGCUGAAGGAACAGAUGCUCCAGAGUGUCACCUAUGUCCUCGCUCAGCCUCUGCCAGCCCCCUGCACCCACCGCGUGGACCCGUGCGCAGCCGCAGCAUUGACCGACAGAAGAGCGGCAUGACCACCUCUGUCUCAGCCAACGGAGCCCUUGACUCUUCACUGAAGGACAAGCCGUCAACACCGCCAGGGGGGCAACGUCCCGCCUCCCCAUCCACUACCCUGGGGCGCAAUCGCUCGCCAUCCCCAGCUCCCAGUACAGCUCCAAAGAGGACUCCCUCCCCAGCAGCCAAGCAAAAUCCCAAGACACGCCCACCCUCACCUGGCGCAAUGAAACAACGUCCCCCAUCACCCCAGCCAAUGUCUGCCAAACCGCCACCCAUCCAGAAACCAGCUCUCACCCCAACAGGGCCGCCCACCUUGCGAAAGAGAGACUCCAAGUCCAAGGAACUGUGUCCUGUCCAGGCUGUGGCUCCACAGUCCUCUGAUUCUAGCAAGACCAAAGACAAAGAUGACUCUAAGGCUGCGACAGGCACCAAUUCAGCUGCUGAGGCGGCCAAGAUCCUGGCGGAGAACCGCAGGCUGAUGCGAGAGCAGAAGGAGAAAGAGGAGCAACUCAGGAUACAGAAGGAGGAAGAAGAGAAAGUGAGAAAAGAAGAGGAGAAGCGUUUAGCGGAGGAGGCUCGACUGAAACGCUUAGAGGAGGAGAAGAAGCUGGCAGAGGAGAGGAAACUUAAAGAGGAAGAAGACGCUCUUAGAGCAGAGGAAGAUCGGGUGAGACUGGCAGAAGAGGAGGCACUGAAACAGGCUGAACUCCAGAAGGAACGAGAGGAGGCGGAAGCCAAGGCUCAAGAGGAGGCAGAAAGAGUCCGUCAGGAGCGAGACCGCAUCAUGCAGCAGAACCAGCAAGAACGUAUGGAGAGGAAGAAGAGAAUUGAAGAAAUAAUGAAGAGAACUAGAAAAGGAGAACAAAACGACUUUAAGAGAGACGAUGAUAAAUGCAUGCAGGAGAAUGAAGACGAGGGAUUGGACGAGAUAAACUGUGAAAGCAAGACCCAGACAGAUGAGAUGGCCGACUUCGCCAUGGAUGCUGACGUAGAUGAUUGUGGUCUGUGCUCUGGUGAGCCAGUGGCACAACGAGAGGAGCCCCUCGGCAGCGUGAAUGGAAAACCAGAGGCGGACGACAAAGAGAAUAACAAUGGCAUAAGCACAGAUGAGACUCAGGCAGUUAGCCCAGUACCUAAGGGUCGCCUUGUGGAGGGUUCAGAAUUCAUGAACGAGCAGGACUCCGCCAAGGUGGGGCUAGUCUCAAGCCUCAACGGUAAGGCCAACCAGUGGAGCUUCGAGGAACUCAUUGACCUCAAUGUCCACUCAAAGACUCGGCCCCUUAUCGAGACGGAGGACUGCAACCAGGUCUUGAUCAACUGUGAUGGCUCAGAGGGGACCAGGGUAGCCUUCGAGGACAAGGGAACCCCAGUCAACACCCUGCAUUCCUCGAACCAACCCAUAGAAACCCUGUCAGAGAUUUGAUGCUGCAGCCAUCGCUGAGAAGCCUCUUCCUGUUGCACUCCUAAAGUUCCUGUCCAGCUGAGCUCCUUAAAAAGUUCUCUACCAGUUUCAAGCAGCUUCCUCCUCUUUCUCCUCCACCUAUUCCAGAGGGAGGAGCACAAGGUGAAGCGGAAAGACCACCCUAAGUGCUAAAUUUGCACCCUACAUGAUGAGGAAAAGAUUUUAUGAAAGUAUAUAUAAUUAAAAAAAAAGACGCUUCAGGGAAAUUCCAUAUAUUCCUUCAAUGUGCUUGCUUCAGGUCUCUUUCCUCUUCCUCUUGUGUCUAGUUCUUCUUCAGAUUUUUUUUUUCUAUGUCAUGUCCAAUUUCAAUAAUGU